CAAACGUCACACCCGCUUCCAAACGGCCAAACGCAAAACCAAACCUCAUAAAUUUUGGCAGCUCUUCACACUCACUUCCCUUAACAAAUCUCAUCUUUCUUCACUCUAUAAAUAAAAAAGUUCAGCUCUCAAUUUUCUCAUUACUCUCAAACUGCGUUUCCACAUACAUACACACUUCUGUGUAGUAGCAGCUUCAAUUCAGAACGGUGCCAUGGAGAUGACGAAGAGAAUCAAUUACAAAAAUGACCUUCCAAAUGAGUUGAUAAUGGAAAUCCUUACGAGGCUUCCUGUUGAAUCUCUCAUGCGAUUCAAGUGCGUGUCUAAGUCAUGGUUUUCCAUAAUCUCCAAUGACAGCUUUGCGAAAUCACACUUCGAACGCUCUGCUUCGUCAAGCCACAGAAUUCUCUGCCAUGGAGACGGUGAACUUAGAUCCAUUGAUCCAGAUCUGUUGUUCCAUAAAGAUCCUCAUACAAUAAAGCUCUCUAUUCCGUAUUCCUUAUCCGCUUAUGCCAGAAUUCAAGGUUCUUGCAGAGGUUUCAUGAUGCUGCAGGAAUUUCCUGAUCUCGUCAUAUGGAAUCCAUCAACAGGCGUAAACAAAAGAAUUUCAUAUGAUCACUUAUCGCCAGGUAAUCUUGAAUUUGGAAUAAUAUUAGAUUCAUUUAUGUUUGGCUUCGGAUACGACGCUUCUAGAGAUGACUACUUGGCAAUUAUCGUGUGGUGUGAUGUUAAUGGGAGAAGAUUCUUGGAGUAUUUCUCCAUGAGAAUCAAUAAAUGGGAGAGAGUUGAGAUUGCGCUGCCGCGGCCUAGCAUGGAUGCUGCUGCAUCAUUAUCACCUGGAUACUACUUAAAUGGUGCUAUUCACUGGGACAUUUCAAGCGAUUCCAUUCUCGCCUUUGAUAUGAUUGAAAGAGAGUUUUUCGAGAUUCCAUUGCCGGAACCAUUGGGAAAAGAAUUCAUGUCUUGUUGUUUGGAGUUACUGGGAGGAUUUCUGUGCUUGUCUGUUUGGAGAGAGAGCAAGAAAACUGAGAUAUGGGUGAUGAAGGAAUAUGGAGUGGCGUCGUCAUGGACGGCGUAUAGAAUCCCUGAAAGCAACUUUGAUCCUUUAUACUUUACUAAAAGUGAUGAAAUUAUUGGAUUCCCUAGCGUUGGAGGGUUAGCAAAAUAUGAUGAGAAAGGAGAGCUAAGAGAGUAUAUGGAAAAUUGGAACUAUGAGUAUCACUUCUGGAUGUAUUUGGAGAGUCUACUAUCACUCCCUAGCAGCUCUGGCAUAGCAUGGAAGGAAGAAUGAAAAACAAUUUAGAAACAUGAAGUAAUGUCUAUGUAUGUUACAUUGUUAUCAUGAUUAUUUGUUAUUACCAUUUUAUAUAUAUCUUAUUAAUCUUGGUUCUUGCA